UCUAGAGAGGAUCGCGUUGUCACCCUCUUCCCGGGUGAACACCGAGCUCGGGAUUCCGAGGAGGGUGGGAGGAGUUAAAUUCUUGGCUGGGUUGGGGGCCGUUCUUGUGGACGCCACGCCCCUACAGGAAGGAAGGGCGCGUGCGUGUGUGCGUGCGUGCGUGUGUGUAUGUGUGUGUGUGUGUGUGUGUGUGUGUGUGUGUGUGUGUGUGUAUGUGUAUGUGUGUGGUGUUUGAGAAUAAACUUAGAAGGGAGGGAGCGGCCAGGGUGGGCUACCGGAUUGCAAAAUUGGAACAUCACUGGGACUAUUGCUGGUAGGACUCGGGCCUCUAACAUUCCAGGAGAGUGCUCUCGGGAGUGGCCCCGGGAAGGAGUUUGACGGAGGUUGGGAAUUACAUCCUUGGCACAGUUUUGGAAGCAGAGGGGGAGGUUAACACAGAAAUCAGCUUCCUGGGCCAUGCUGUUUCUAAGGCCUGUUUCUUCUCAUGAGCCCCAGCAGAAGACGGACUGGCCAGCCCUCACAGUGGAUGCCUUCCCCUCUCUGAACAAAAGAUGGGAUAGUACCUGGGAUCUGCCUAUCACCAGACUCUGGGCUUAAUAAACCAGCUGAAUGAAGGAAUGUAACAGACCCCUGGGAGGGACACUGAAGCCUGCAGUGGGGGGGGAGGGGCCUGGACAUACCCCUUCCCCCCCAGACUCCUCCCCCACAGUUCACUCAGCCAUGGACUUUGGACCUGGAUAAGAGGAGAGAAGCUACAAUUUGGUGUAUCUGAUUUGGGAUUCUCAGUUUUGGAAAUGGAGUGCUGGAUGGGGGUUUGAUGAUCUUCAGGGGAGCAGCUGAGAGAAGAGAAGAAAGGUGCGUGGCUGCUUGCUAACCCCAGAGCCCAGAGGAAGCAUCCCUAGGACUCCGGGGUGUGAGGCCAGCAAGACGAGCGCGACCUUGAGCCCCACCCUUGCCUGCCUCCCCCGCGGGGGCCAGGAUGCUGAAGAAGCAGCCAGCAGGGCUUGUGCUGUGGGGCGCCAUCCUCUUUGUGGCCUGGAACGCCCUGCUGCUCCUCUUCUUUUGGACGCGCCCGGCGCCUGGCAGGCUGCCCGCAGACAGCGUGCUCGAUGACGACCCCGCCAGCCUCACCCGGGAGGUGAUCCGCCUGGCCCAGGACGCUGAGGUGGAGUUGGAGCGGCAGCGGGGGCUGUUGCAGCAGAUCAGGGAACACCAUGCUAGGUGGAGCCAGCGGUGGAGGGUACCCACCGUGGCCCCGCCUGUGCCACCGCGCGUGCCUGUGACCUCCCCACCAGCUGUGAUCCCCAUCCUGGUCAUCGCCUGUGACCGCAGCACUGUCCGGCGCUGCUUGGACAAGCUGCUGCACUAUCGGCCUUCGGCUGAGCGCUUCCCUAUCAUCGUCAGCCAGGACUGCGGGCACGAGGAGACAGCCCAGGUCAUCGCCUCCUACGGCAGUGCCGUCACGCACAUCCGGCAGCCUGACCUGAGCAACAUCGCAGUGCCGCCCGACCACCGCAAGUUCCAGGGCUACUACAAGAUCGCCCGGCACUACCGCUGGGCGCUGGGGCAGGUCUUUCACACGUUCAAGUUCCCAGCGGCGGUGGUGGUGGAGGAUGACCUGGAGGUGGCUCCAGACUUCUUUGAGUACUUCCAGGCCACGUACCCGCUGCUGAGGGCCGACCCCUCCCUCUGGUGUGUGUCUGCCUGGAACGACAACGGCAAGGAGCAGAUGGUGGACUCGAGCAAGCCCGAGCUGCUCUACCGCACAGACUUCUUCCCUGGCCUGGGCUGGCUGCUGCUGGCCGAGCUCUGGGCUGAGCUGGAGCCCAAGUGGCCCAAGGCCUUCUGGGACGACUGGAUGCGCCGGCCUGAGCAGCGGCAGGGCCGGGCCUGUGUGCGGCCUGAAAUCUCUAGGACAAUGACCUUUGGCCGCAAGGGUGUGAGCCACGGGCAGUUCUUUGACCAGCACCUCAAAUUUAUCAAGCUGAACCAGCACUUUGUGCCCUUCACCCAGCUGGACCUGUCCUACCUGCGGCGGGAAGCCUACGACACAGAUUUCCUUGCCCGUGUCUACGGUGCUCCCCUGCUGCAGGUGGAGAAAGUGAGGACCAGUGAGCGGAGCGAGCUUGGGGAGGUGCGGGUGCAGUACACGAGCAGGGACAGCUUCAAGGCCUUUGCCAAGGCCCUGGGAGUCAUGGAUGACCUCAAGUCUGGUGUCCCUAGGGCUGGCUACCGGGGCAUCGUCAGCUUCCUGUACCGGGGCCGCCGUGUCCACCUGGCCCCACCCCAGACGUGGGAUGGCUAUGAUCCUAGCUGGAAUUAGCAGCACCUGCCUGUCCCUCCUGGGGCCCCUCCCUGCCAUAUCGUGGGCUAAGACAGGACUGCAGUCCCUGGACUGCAUCGUCCUCUCUGUUUUUCUCUUGGGUCCAUUUAUCUCCUUUUUUCCCCUUUUUUGAGUGGCAUUUGAGUGCACAGAUAGUAAGGUGAGGGUUAUUCUCCCAUUCUCAAGGACGUCAAAUCAGGGGAAUCCUCUGGGGCAUGUUGGGGGAGCAUUACUAAGCAGGAAACCACUGUGUGGUUUAGGGAGACUGGGGCUCGUUGAGGCCACAGACUUCCAUGUUCCAGGUUUUCUUCUAGGGCAUCUGCAGAGAGGUUGGCAACUUAGUUCUCUCGACCAGGUCUCUUUUUCCUGUCCUGGGUCUUCCAGCCAGAGUAUGAGCCCUCCUUUUACACCUGCCCCCCACCCGCGCCCACUGUCCCCCGAUUGGAGCAGGUUGAGGGGCUGGAAUAUGUGAGAAGGAGACGCGUUUGUGGCCAAAAUGAGACUAACCAAAGGGGUUUCAUCAUCCGGGACCCGGGGGAGCUGUUAAGUUGUUAAGGUUUACCGCCUCCUGCCCGUGUUUCUCUUCCUCCCCUCUCUCCUUUAUCCCUGACCUCUCAGCUCUUCUUUCCCUGCAGCCUAGAGAUUCAUGAUUCUAAGAGGCAAAGUUGAAGGGAGAAAGCAAGACCUCUCCUCAGCUCAUCCGCUGUGGCGAGGGGAGGUCUUGGGUGCUGGGGCACCCCUCCCUCAUGUUCCUCGUACAGACUGUCCCCCAUCUGGUCCUUUCAAAAUCCCUUCCCUGUGCUCUCGGAUGGCCCUCACUGGCUUGGCCCAUGGCUUCUGGAGGACCUCUCAGUGUGAGAUGAAGCAGCUCAGACCUUUCAUCCCGGCCUCCCUCCCUUCUCCCCUGAGCAUUCCCGUGCGCGCAGAUUAGGGUACAGAUGGAGGGUUGAAGAGCAAUGCGUGUGUUUUUGUUUCUUGCCUGACCUCAGUUCAUGGAAGAAAAUUGAAACUACAGAAUUAUUUUCAAAAAUAAAAUAAAGGCUGAAUUGUCUGAAAAA